ACCGCAGAUACUGAACUACCACUGCUUCUAUUAGGAACGGAAGGACAUAUUCAGGAAUAGUUGUGUCCCAAAGACCCAUUAAAGGCGGUCUGCAGAUGAUAGAAUUAGUGACGCGAUCUGGCAGAGUAUUCGAAUUCAGCAGCGACAAUAUACCAUUCUUCCUUCCAAAUUUUCUUGACCUCCCUCACAUCCAGAAGACAAUGAAGGAAAAAAUUGCUUUUGCUCGCGACGGAGUCCGCAUAGAUGAUCCACCAAUUGCCGAUUUUCGAAAAAUCGCCAAAAAGUUUGAAGACCAUAUCAAGUUUCAACAAGCAACGCGACUAGCUCAGUUUGGAGAACUAUAUCAGCACUUUAUCGACGCUGGUGGUGCCAAUAAUGAAUCAACAGCUCGGUUGGACGAAAUGGCGAAGUUCGUCUUCAAUACAGAUAGACCGACUGAUGAACAAAUGUAUGCUACCCAUAUGUAUGUCACUCAAGAUAAUGUACACUUUACAGCCGCACCGAAUGUAAGCGACUGUGGUUCAUUCAUUCUUCGAGCACCAGACGAAGCUAAGAAUUUGGAAUGGAUAAUAUCAUCUAUCCGAAGUUUGGAUGAAAACUAUAAGGGGUUCCUUGAUCGCUGCAGGAAAGCUGUACAUUUCUCAAUCCAGCAUAGAGAUUCAGUUACUGGUAUUGUGGAUGUUGGAAACGAGAAGCAGCAGUUUCCUACAUUUUCAGCAAACGAUAAGAAAUACGUCGAUUUCAUUGUCGAGUGGGUUACCAACCAGAAGUUUGCACUUCUCACACCUCAUGAGAUUUUUGCUCCAGCCAUCCUCAAGGCGUUGAAAUGCUAUGAAAAAACCCAUAUUGAGAAAGAUGUUGCUGCUCAAUUUCUUCGUGAUAUUGGAAUGUGGCAACCUUGGGACAACAUGACUCUUCUAGAGGAGGCGCCCAUAUCUGUGGAGCAUUUUUGGUCUGCGAAAGCCCAAGAGAUUGAAAAGGUAAUGCGUAGAGAUGAGAAAACCAUUGAGAAGCACUCACUAGGCUCGACUCACAGCAGCACUGGAUCACUGGGUCCCCAUGAGCCUUAUCCAAACGAUAUAUGCGACGGAAUAAGGCACGAUUUUGGAAACUUGACAGUAUAUACCAUCGAUGACCCUUCAGCCAAGGAAAUUGAUGAUGGCAUCUCUGUGGAGAAAUAUUCAGACCAUUCUUGGGUUCAUAUCCAUGUAGCAGAUCCCUCCGCCUACAUACAUCCCCGCCAAGAAUUAGCGAUGGUCAUGGCACGUCGCGUUCAAACGUUAUACUUGCCAGAGCGACAUUUCCCUCUCUUACCGGAAAACUUGUCUUCACGGAAAUUCAGUUUGGUAUCUUCAUCACCAGAUGCAUCAGCCGGUCAGUAUACCAUGUCAUUCAGUGCCAAGAUUGACAACGAUGGGAAUAUAAUCGAUAGCAUGAUACGGCCUGGAUGGGUCCGACGUAUAUGCAAGUUAUCAUAUGACCAAGUGGAUUCAAUGUUGCAAGGAUCGAAGUUGUCGGACGACAUGACUGCGUUGUCAAGUUUAGUAACUAUCAGUCAGCAACAUCUAAAGCAGCGUAUUGCUCAUGGAGCGGUGAAUUUUGAUCGCCCGGAAUCAAGUAUUCAUUUGACGCCUUACCCAAUCGACUUGCCGUCUCUGAAGUUUAGCAAACCCAACUUUCAGCAGCACGCACCAGAUAUUAAUUUAACUGUGCGCAUGGGCGGUGGCCAAUCUCCAUCUCGAGCUUUGGUGACCGAGUUUAUGAUUAUGGCCGGACGUAUUGCCAGCUCAGUUUGUGAGGAGCGUGGAAUCCCUAUGGUAUACCGUACGCAAGCACCACCCAACCGAGACUUACUUUCCACUGACGAGCAAGACCUGAUCGACUCUGUACUUUCCCAGCGGGAUCCUAGUAAUGGAUCCAUUGCUCUAAAGGAUGCAUUUCGGAUACUGCGGUUCAUGUCACCUGGUAGCGUCACCACGCAACCAGGAAGUGCUCAUUGGAUGAUGGGAAUUUCAGGCGGAUAUGCCAAGGUCACGUCUCCUCUUCGCCGGUAUCUGGAUAUGGUUGCUCAUUGGCAGCUCAAGGCGUCUAUGCUGAACGCACCCUUACCAUUUUCGGAAGAUUUUUUGAAGACCAUGGGGGUUCGCGUCGACAUGCGAGAAAAGCAAUUGAAUAGACUUGGCGCCAAGGCUACAGACUGGUGGAUAGCAGAGUCAUUAAGGCGAAGACAAGCUCAAGGGUCAUUAGCCACCGAGACAUGGGAUUGUAUCAUCAGCAACGAAGCUCAGAAUGUAAGCGGCCGAAUACUCCCUGCCAGCGCAUUCAUCCCUAGCCUGGGAACCAAUGGUAGAAUGGAUCCUUCUGUUGAGCGGUCUUUUGAAAUAGGAGAGUCUUUGAAGGUGCGCGUAAAAGACAUUGACCCAAUGAGCCCUCGCUUUACCAUCGAACCUGUAUCAUAAACGAAGCAUUACCAUAGAGCCAAGGAACGGCAUUGUCAAAUAAUUAAAAUUUUAUAGAGCUAAUUUGAAAAUCUU